CGAGCGCCCGGCCCCUUAAAACGCUGCUGGCUGGAGCCGCCUCCCUCCCUGCAACCCGCGGCGGGGAUGGAGUAAAGGGGGACCCGUCGACCUGCCCGCGGGGAUCAGCGAUGGAGUUAAAGCAAUCUUUAUCCACCCAUCUGGAAGCUGAAAAGCCUCUGAGGCGCUAUGGGGCGGUGGAGGAGACAGCAUGGAAAGCGGAGGGACUGGGGAGAACCCAGCUGGACAUCAUCUCCAUGGCAGAGACGACCAUGAUGCCCGAGGAGAUCGAGCUGGAGAUGGCAAAGAUCCAGCGUCUCCGGGAAGUGCUCGUCCGCCGGGAGUCUGAGCUCAGGUUCAUGAUGGAUGACAUUCAGCUCUGCAAGGACAUCAUGGACCUCAAGCAGGAGCUGCAGAACUUGGUCGCCAUCCCAGAAGAAGAAAAAACCAAGCUGCAGAAACAGAGAGAGGAUGAGCUGAUCCAGAAGAUCCACAGACUCGUGCAGAAGAGAGACUUCCUCGUGGACGACGCGGAGGUGGAGCGGCUAAGGGAGCAAGAAGAAGACAAGGAAAUGGCCGAUUUCCUGAGAAUCAAGUUAAAACCUCUAGACAAAGUAGCCAAAUCUCCAGCCAGCUCCCGGGCAGAGAAGAAAGCAGAGCCCCCACCUAGCAAGCCCACGGUGGCCAAGACUGGGCUGGCACUCAUCAAGGAUUGCUGCGGGGCCACCCAGUGCAACAUCAUGUAGCCCCCACACAGGGUGCCCCGGGGCCACGGGGACCCCCCUCCCACCCUCUUGUCGUCAUAGCCCCCAUUUCACCGGGGCCUAAGAGCUCUCCAAGGCUUCCGGAAGGGGUUGAAGGCAAGCCUGUGACUGCCGCCAGGGGCCAUGGGCGCGGCAGGCGGGCCGGCCGCCCUGUACAGAGUGUAGCAAUAGGGAGUCCCUCACCGUCGCAUGGCCCUCCCCAGAGCAUGCCGAACCCAGGAGUCUGCCUCACCAAUUAUCCAACCACCAGGAAGGUCCUCCCUCAGAAAAGUUUAUCUCCACUUCUAUUUAGCUGUAUCUAACCCACUGUGCAAAUCAUCUGGGAGAGGGGCAUCGGUCCCCAGGUGUGUAUAGUUGUGACUUCUCAACAAUCUAGCACCGUAUUGGACACCUCCCCUUCCACCCUCCUAGCUCUGCUGUCAGGCCUGCCCCAAAUAGGCACAGGUCCCAUCCCCCGUCUGUCCUCUCCCAGGGACCGUGCCCCCCACUGGAGGGCCCUACACGUAGCCCAUGCAUCUCUCAGGCACCAUCAGUGUCACGUUCUUGGAGGCCGAUGGCCUGUCUGUUAAAGACUUGAGCUUGUGUGCCACGCUGUGGUCACAUCUCCUGCUUCCUCCCAUCCUGUGUCCGGGCCCAGUUCACAUCGGGAGGGUGUCCACUGUGCUCUUGGCUCUUCUUUUACUUGCCAUGUGUGGCCCAGGGGCAUGGA